AUGGCUGAGGAAGCCAGAUCGAUGGAUAACGAACAGACGGGUCCUGCUGAUCUCGAGCAUUACAAUACAACGAAUGCAGCGAGACAGGAUGGGCGGGCCAUCCAAAAUGCGAAAUUCCAUGCUGGGUCUCGCGUAUGUUAUGAACAUCCGGAUGAUCCAUUAGGGAAAGUCGAAGCAGUAGUGAUUGCGGGUCCUUUCUUUUGCAAUGAAAAAAUGGAGACAUCGAAAGGGAAUGAAGAGCAUGUCUGGCACACUUACAAAAUCCAUUAUCACUUUAAGGACAAGACUGAAGUUCACGAGAACUCUAAGGUCGCAGAAAACAAGACGGUUGUCAGAGAAUUCCCAAUGACUACUUCACCACUCAACACUAAUGACGAUGACUUGAUGGAGAAAGGGGAACACGGAGUUCGUGAUGUGGUUAUGGCCACUUUCCUAGACAAUAAAACAUUGCAACCAAUCAGAUUGGAAGGUGUUACACAGGAACAAUUCAAGCAAUCGCUACCAAGUCAGACGACGGAACGCUAUCUUCAAUACUUGCGAGGUGUUAAAGGUAGAAAGGACGCAAAGGACUGUGUCGUCAGCACGAUUGAGCGGCGUCCUCAAGGCUAUCCACAGCUCGCGGCGGUCAUAGAUAGUGAUGAACAAUUCAUGUUGUAUCGACGAUUUGGCCACCUACAAGCACGCAUAUUGCUCAAUAAACAGGACGAAUUGCGAGAGCUAGAGGAUCGGCUUGCUCAUAUAGACAGGUGUUAUGCAAGAAGAUGGCCCGCGAGGCUGCGCUCCAGAGACGUCUGUAACGCCGAAAGCAAUGAUCUUAAAGGAAUUCUUGAGGCAGUUGAGGAAAAGUACAAGGAAUAUGUUCAGCUCUUGACACACGCACAAACUUUAACGAAUUUCGACCGGCCAAUGACGGUGGACUACUUAAGACUGAAGAAUUACUUUGAUCGAGAGGCUCCCCUUUGCGGAGAUGAGCAACAGUAUAUCCUCACCAAAGAGGAUCUCAUCACCCUCAAGCCAAGUCGAGAAAAUACAUGGUUGGAUUCCGCUGUUGAAAAAAUCCCACAGAACUUCCCAUGCCGCUUGACGCGGUAUAUAUUUACUUCUGUAGUUCGUAUAAUGUUCGAACUCCAACAGAAAACAGACCCUACCACAACGAACAUAGUUUUGUUCAAUCCUGAACGAGUAAAUGCGGUAGUAUCAGUGAUUUUGCUUAUCACAGUUCUCACACUUCUUAUCGUCCCAGUUUACAUUCUAUGGUACCUUAAUCAUAUAUCAACAUCGAGUUCGUUCAUUGGUGUAGUUAUUGUGGUUCUUCUUGUUUUUACCUUUAUCUUCUCUGCAGUUUUAUCGCUCUUCACUCGAGCUAAACGUCACGAGGUUCUGGCUGCCGCAGCUGCAUACUGUGCAGUUCUUGUUGUAUUCGUGGGAAACGUCGGAAGUCUGUCGCCGCCAGCUGCAGGAGGGUAA